AUAACAUUUUUUAUAGUUAUCCUCUCAUCUCACCCUUCUCUCGUUUCCCAAGACGCUUCUUACGAGAGCUGACUUGUCCAAGAGUACGUUUCCCAAGACGCGUGUAGAAUUAAUAAUCCUUUUCUCGUUUCAUUCUCUACACCAGCCCAAAUCUCUCUCGCGCUCUCUCUCUCUCUCGGACAAAAACAGAAUGGAAAGCAUAGACAAGUCUGCAGCAGCUCGAUCGCGUCUCUCUGUUAUCUCAUCGCACCUCUUUGCUUCUUCCUGCGCCGCCGCCGAUUCACCUCUCCAAACUUCCGUCGUCUCCGCCGCGAUCCCCCCGCCGCCGAAUGUCGCCGGGAGUUUGACGAUCGUCGAUGAGCGUACCGGUAAAAAGUAUCAGGUCCAGGUCUCCGAUCACGGUACUAUUAAAGCUACUGACCUCAAAAAGAUUACCACAGGAAAAAAUGACAAGGGACUUAAACUUUAUGAUCCGGGGUAUAUUAAUACCGCACCUGUUAGAUCGUCAAUUUGCUACAUUGAUGGUGAUGAGGGGAUUCUUAGAUACAGAGGUUAUCCUAUCGAACAGUUGGCUGAGAGCAGUUCUUUUCUCGAAGUCGCAUAUCUUUUGUUGUAUGGCAACUUACCAUCUACAAGUCAGUUAUCUGAUUGGGAAUUUGCUGUCUCACAACAUUCAGCUGUUCCACAAGGAAUCUUGGAUAUCAUACAAGCAAUGCCACAUGAUGCACAUCCAAUGGGUGUUCUUGUCAGUGCAAUGAGUACUCUUUCAAUUUUCCACCCUGAUGCUAAUCCUGCUCUCAAAGGCCAGGAUUUAUACAAUUCUAAAGAAGUGAGAGAUAAGCAAAUAGUGCGCAUUCUUGGGAAGGCACCAACUAUUGCAGCUGCAGCUUAUCUGAGAAUGGCUGGGAGGCCACCGGUUCUGCCUUCUAAUAGUCUGUCCUAUUCAGAAAACUUCUUAUACAUGCUGGAUUCAUUGGGUAAUAGGUCUUACAAGCCAAAUCCACGACUAGCUCGUGUAUUAGACAUUCUCUUUAUUUUACAUGCAGAGCAUGAGAUGAAUUGCUCUACUGCUGCUGCCAGGCACCUUGCAUCAAGCGGCGUUGAUGUAUACACAGCUCUUGCUGGCGCCGUGGGAGCACUUUAUGGUCCACUUCAUGGUGGAGCUAACGAGGCGGUCCUAAAAAUGCUUAGUGAAAUUGGAACUUUAGACAAAAUUCCGGAGUUCAUUGAGGGUGUGAAAAACAGGAAACGGAAAAUGUCAGGUUUUGGUCACCGUGUGUACAAAAAUUACGAUCCAAGAGCAAAAGUGAUAAAAAAGUUGGCAGAGGAAGUUUUUUCUAUUGUUGGCCGGGAUCCUCUCAUUGAGGUGGCUAUAGCUUUGGAGAAAGCUGCACUAUCAGAUGAGUAUUUUGUCAAGCGGAAAUUGUAUCCAAAUGUUGAUUUCUACUCGGGCCUGAUUUAUAGGGCAAUGGGUUUCCCAACGGAGUUCUUUCCUGUUUUGUUUGCAAUUCCUCGAAUGGCUGGUUAUUUAUCACAUUGGAAAGAAUCCCUGAAUGAUCCUGACACAAAGAUAAUGAGACCUGCUCAGGUUUAUACUGGUGUGUGGCUUCGUCCAUACAUUCCACAGCGUGAAAGAAUGGUAGCAACUGAGACGGAUAAGCUUGGUCAGAUUUCUGUAUCGAAUGCAACCAGGCGCCGCCUAGCGGGUAAUGGGGCUUAGACAUAUUAUUUGCUGCCCACACGAUUAUACUGGCAACAAUAACUAGACCUUUCUUUAUGGUCAUCACAAGAAGACAAGUGCUUUGAAAGGAUGAAUAAAGUAGAGAACACAAUGCUGCUGCUACAGUAUCUUUCUUUAUCAAAAACCUUAGAACUAGCUCAGAUUUUAAGCUUCCAAUUGUUCGCAAGAAAUAUAGUAUAUUUUUUACAGCGAUGUGAUUCUAAAUGAAUAUUGCAGCACAAUCACGUAUCUUAAUGAGCUUUGUUGUAACGUUCAUGGAUAAAUGUUUGAACAAGCUUUAUAUUGUGCGUAUAUGAAUGAUUACAAAAUCAGAAUUAGUUGUC